UUUUUCGACACACUAGUAUUCAUAAGCAUUUAACACCAGUAGAUCGUAUAUUGAAUUGAAACUUGACAUGAAGUUGCUGUGUUUUAUAGUCUUGAUAUUCUUUUUGCAAUCAGUGUAUGUACAAGAGCCCUCUAGGCGGGAAGGAAGCAGUAUUUUCACGAAAAACAGUACAUCUGAAGUUGAUGUAAUCAGUACCUUUAGAAACCACAGUGGACAAGCAGACCGUAGUGUGUCUCACAGCAGGUCACAUGAUAACAAAGGCAAAAUUGAUGCUUACGCAGUGUUAGGAAAGUCCUCAAAAUCUCGAAAAUCCCGAAGGAGUGGGAAACUAAGCGCAAAAGGUAGAUUUAGAUCACGCGGAAUCGGUCGAUAUGGUACCAUCGGAUCUGAAGAUAACUAUUAUGUGAUUGAAGGCAGUCUUGACAGAUAUGGUCGGAAAAGACCCACAAGGUCAAAAUUCAAAACCAAAGGAAGGGAGAAGAAAUACAAGAAAAAGAUUGUUGAUAAUAAAUUUAGUAUUCUUGGAAAACUGCUUGAUGAAGCUUCACACAGAAAAAUGGCUGGCUACGAAGCUAAUGGUUCUCAUUCACGUUUAAAUCUUCGUGACAAGAAGCGGAAAAGUUCUGAUGGGACGCUCAGUACAAGUAACAGUGGGUCCGAUGGUUCAACAAGUGUUUCGUCUAAGGAUACUGAUCAAAGCAGAGAAGAAAUACAUGAAGCGAUGUUCUUUUAACAGUUAUGUGUUUUUUAUUCAGAAAGCAAAAUUAUAAUUACAGUGGUAAAAGUAAUAACACUAUAUAAAACUUUCAUCAGUGAGUGUUUUCACUUAGAACUACAAGCAUAUCAUGGAUGACAUA